AACCACCGCCAUCAAUUCCAUGGUCAUCACUGCCAUCCUGAUCACCCGCAAACUCCACCAACCAGCCAACUACCUCAUCUGUUCGCUGGCUGUGACGGACCUUCUAGUAGCUGUUCUGGUGAUGCCUGUCAGCAUUGUGUACAUUGCAGAAGAGACGUGGGUUCUCGGUCCGAUCGUGUGUCAACUUUGUUUGGGUGUCGACGUUACAUGCUGCACUUGCUCAAUUUUACACCUAGCCGCCAUUGCGCUUGAUCGAUACCGCGCCAUUACAGAUGCCGUGGCCUAUUCCCAGAAACACACAUAUAAAAGAACAAUCAUAACCAUUUUGGCCCUUUGGACACUGUCUGUGCUGGUGUCUCUACCACCUUUAGUGUGGAGGAAAUUCCCUGUGGAACACAAGGAUGGGGAAAGGGAAGUCAUGGACUGCUUGAUUGAGCUCGACGAUGUGGCUUUCACUGUCUACUCCACUUUUGGAGCAUUCUAUAUUCCACUGACCCUCAUUUUGGUUCUUUACUACAAGAUCUACAAGGCGGCGGAGAUGCUGCGUAACCGUCGAGGGUGCAGCCGUUUAGUCAAACAGAGGAUCACAGGGGCCAGGGAGAGAUGGGCGGCUUUGACAUUAGGACUAAUCUUGGGAGCCUUUGUGGUUUGUCGGCUGCCGUUCUUCCUGAAGGAGGUGAUUGUGAAUAUUUGCCCAAACUGCAGCACUUCCGCUGUACUCGCAGAUUUCCUCACCUGGCUCUGGUACCUCAAUUCCAUCAUCAAGCUGUUAAUAUACACCAUCUUUAAUGAGGACUUUAAGAAAGCAUUUAAAAGACUGCUGCCCCUCUGCUGCAGCAAUAUCCUGUGAAACUGACUGGGAGGGAAAGAAAAAUACAUGGUUUUAAGAGACAUAACUUGCAAAUAACAAUGACAAUCCUGUAAUACUCUAAAUCACUGGACUUCUGCAAGAAUGACAUCUUUCAGAGAUUGUUUAUCAGUGGUUCUCAACCCGUGGGCCACAUGCAGCCCGUCACAAAUUCAAAAGUGGCCCACCAUGCUGAACAUUUACGAAAAUUAUGAAAAGUAUGAAAAUAACUUUCAGUUUUACAAUUCAUUUUAGUUUUUACAUUAAUAUAAGAAUGUCCUUAACAAAUAUAAGCUAUAAUGUUUUUCAUAUAUUAUUUUCAGACAUGAGCAGACCUGUACGCACUUAAUUAACGUAAUGCAUUUAACAAACACUUUGGCAGAAUUCAGUUCAUAUAGUCAUCAGCAGCCAUUAGUAUCAGUACAAUUGAGCAUCAGAAUGGACACAUUUGUUAUUAAGGGAGAAAAACGAAAUGCCAGCAAAGAAACACAUACAACAAGAGUAGUCACAGCAGUGAAAGAAGGAGAGUGAUGGACUUUCGGCAUCAACUUUCAGUUUGCUCUGCCGCCACUCACUUGAAGAUGUUCAGCUUGUCUUUUUCCUCCCCUUCUCCCAGAACAGCUUAUAGACCCUACUACAUUUUUCUAGCUAUAUUAAAAUAGUUGUUUUUAAUGUAAUGGCAAAGUGAUUAUCUUUCGUUUCGUUUUUUUAUUAGGUUAAUUUAGAAAAAACGUUUGGAGCAUUUUUUGGUCGUUAAAUAUAAGUUUUAGUUUUUUUAAGUAACGACCAAUCGGCCAGCGGCAGAAAGUGAGCUGAUCAUACCCUAUGUUUGAUCAAUAUAGCCUUCUCAAAUUAUCACGACUUAUCCAAAAUAAAAUCUAUAGAUAUAAAACAGUUCAAGAAUAUAACAAUGUUUUACAUUAAACCUAGAUAAAUGUGCGCUAUAUCUAAUAUUUUGUGUGGAGAGUGCGCUUUGUGUGACAGAGGCGCCAGCGUGAUCACUUGUGUUUUUUUCAGUGGAUAUACCAUAAUUUUUGCUCAUAAAGGUGAGAGUAAUACAUAAUUCGUAACUGUAUAGGGUUUACUUUUAUUUGUGUGCACUCACAAUAUAAACAAAACAUUGUGCUUCUAUAAAAAAAAGAAAACAAACACAAUGUGCUUUCUGCAGUCUCGUCUUGAACAGGAACGCUUACAAAAAUGAACCGAAACUCAAUGAAUAGGCUACAUGCCUCACAUACAUGAUAAAUAUAUCUAUAGAAAGCUUUUAAUUAAUCCUUAACAAAAUAAAACAAAUCAAAAACAAAAACUCUUAUUAUAAUCAUAAUCCAUAAAGAUGUACUUCUCUCUAAAGG